UCUAAAGCCAAGAGGAAAAAAAAAACAUCUCUCUUCCGCGAUCAACGCUGAAUCUCUCUGUGUGCGCACAUUCUUCGAAAAAUGAGAAGACGAUGAAUACGACGCCGUUUCAGCCGGAGCCACCACCGCCGAUGGGAACCCGACUGAGGCUCAUCGUGGAGGUUGUGGAGGCGCGUGGUCUUCUCCCCAAAGAUGGACAUGGAAGCUCAAGUGCCUAUGUCGUCGUCGACUUUGAUGCCCAGAAGAAGCGGACCUCCACCAAGUUCCGAGACCUCAACCCUGUCUGGAAUGAGAUGCUCGAGUUCUUCGUCUCCGACCCGGAGAACGUGGAGCACGAGGAGAUCGAUAUCGAGGUCUACAACGACAAGAGGUUCGGCAGUGGUACUGGUCGCAAGAACAAUUUUCUCGGGAGGGUUAAGAUCUAUGGCAGCCAGUUCGCGAGGAGAGGCGAGGAAGAGCUCGUGUAUUUUCCGUUGGAGAAGAAGAGUGUUUUCAGCUGGGUUCGUGGUGACAUUGGGCUGAAGGUAUACUAUUUCGAUGAAAUCGCGGAGGAGGAGCCGCCGCAUCCGCUGCAAGGGGAGGAUGGGCCGCCGCAGAUGCAGAAUCUGCCGCCGGAGAAGUCGUCGCCUGGUGUGGUUGUGGUGGAAGAUGGUAGGGUUUUUGAAGCUCCGGUUCAGUCGGAGAUGUGUCAGCGGAGCUACCCGGUGGCUCAGCCUCCACCGAUGGUUGUCGUCAAGGAGUCGCCGCCGCAAAUGGUCAGGCAUGUUCACAGUGUCCGUCAUUGUCCUCAACCGCCGCUGUCAUCGCCUCCUCCGGCGGAGAAGGCAACAGCGGAGGUCCGUUAUUAUCCGCCGGAGGUGAGGAAGAUGCAGGCGGCGAGACAUCCCGGCGGAGACAGAAUUAGGGUUCCGAAGAAACCCAACGGAGAUUACGCGCCGAGGGUUAUCAACAACAAAAUCGGAGGAGAGACGGCGACGAUGACGGCUGCUGCGGCGGAGAGGAGCCGUCCGUACGAUCUAGUGGAGCCAAUGCAGUAUCUGUUCGUUAGAGUCGUGAAGGCACGUGGCCUUGCGCCGAACGACGGCGUGUACGUAAAGGUACGGACAUCAAACCACUUCGUACGGUCGAAGCCGGCGAUUCACCGCCCCGGUGAACCGACAGACUCGGCGGAGUGGAAACAGGUCUUCGCGCUCGGACACAACCGGUUGGAAUCUGCAGUUUCCGGAGAGACACUCGAGAUCUCCGUUUGGGACGCUCCGUUGGAGAGUUUUCUCGGCGGCGUUUGCUUCGACCUCUCCGAAAAACCAACCCCGGCACCUCAAUGGUACCGUCUCGAGGGCUCCGCCGCCGGCCAGAGCUCCGGAAGAGUCUCCGGCGACAUCCAGCUCUCGGUUUGGAUCGGAACUCAAGCCGACGAAGCCUUUCCGGAGGCGUGGAGCUCGGAAGCGCCACACGUUGCGCACACGCGCUCUAAGGUAUAUCAAUCUCCAAAGCUCUGGUACCUGAGAGUGACGGUUCUCGAAGCUCAGGAUCUCCAUAUCGCUCCGAAUCUUCCGCCAUUGACGGCUCCCGAGGUCCGUGUGAACGCCCAGUUAGGGUUUCAAUCUGCUCGAACAAGAAGAGGCUCCAUGAACAACAACAGUGGGUCAUUUCGUUGGAACGAGGAUCUGAUCUUCGUCGUCGGUGAACCAUUGGAAGACUCUCUGAUUCUGCUUGUGGAAGACAGAACGACCAAAGAAACGCAGCUUCUCGGUCAAGCCAUGGUUCCAAUGGGCUCAAUCCAGCAGCGAAUUGACGACCGCCACGUGGCAUCAAAAUGGCUGACAUUGGACACCGGAGGAGAUGGUGGAGGUGGAAAUCCCGACGGAGGAGGACCUUACUGCGGUCGGAUCAGCCUCAGGCUCUGUCUUGAAGGAGGGUAUCACGUGCUUGAGGAGGCAGCGCACGUGUGCAGCGAUUUCCGGCCAACGGCCAAGCAGCUAUGGAAGCCGGCGAUCGGGAUACUCGAGCUCGGGAUACUCGGGGCUCGUGGGUUGUUGCCGAUGAAGGCGAAAAAUGGCGGAAAAGGUUCGACCGAUGCCUAUUGUGUGGCAAAGUACGGGAAAAAAUGGGUUCGGACACGAACCAUAAUGGAUAGUUUUGAUCCAAGAUGGAACGAGCAGUAUUCAUGGCAGGUUUAUGAUCCGUGCACGGUACUCACCAUAGGUGUUUUUGACAAUCGGAGAAUGUUUUCAGAUGUAUCCGACGAUAGACCCGAUACCCGGAUCGGGAAAAUCAGAAUUCGGGUAUCGACACUCGAGAGUAAUAAGGUGUACACCAAUUCGUAUCCUCUCCUGGUGUUGUUACCGAGCGGUUUGAAAAAGAUGGGAGAAAUCGAAGUAGCAGUUCGGUUCGCUUGCCCGUCAUUGCUACCCAAUAUAUGUUCGGUUUACGGGCAACCGUUACUGCCACGGAUGCAUUACGUCCGUCCUCUUGGCGUGGCUCAACAGGAAGCAUUAAGAAACGCCGCCACGAAAAUGGUGGCGGAGUGGUUGGCUCGGGCAGAGCCGCCAUUGUGUCCCGAGGUUGUUCGGUACAUGUUGGACGCGGAUACGUACACAUGGAGCAUGAGGAAGAGUAAGGCGAAUUGGUUUAGGGUUAUGCGAAUUUUGGCGUGGCCCGUGGGAUUGGUGAAAUGGUUGAAUGACAUACGAGGAUGGAGGAAUCCGGCGACGACAAUUCUAGUUCACAUCUUGUACUUAGUCCUUGUCUGGUACCCGGAUUUGGUAGUCCCGACGGCGUUUUUAUACGUGGUAAUGAUCGGGGUUUGGUAUUACCGGUUUAGACCCAAGAUACCGGCUGGUAUGGAUACUCGGUUAUCUCAAGCCGAGAUGGUAGACCCUGAUGAACUAGACGAAGAGUUCGAUACGAUACCGAGUUCGCGACGGCCCGAGGUGAUACGGGCGAGGUACGAUCGGUUAAGGAUCUUGGCGGUGAGAGUUCAAACGAUCCUCGGCGAUAUCGCGGUCAAAGGGGAACGGAUUCAAGCGUUGGUUAGUUGGAGGGAUCCGAGGGCGACGAAAUUGUUCAUAGCGGUGUGUUUGGCGAUCACGAUAGUUCUAUACGUGGUUCCGGCCAAAAUGGUGGCCGUGGCAUUAGGGUUUUACUACCUGAGGCAUCCGAUGUUCCGCCACUCGAUGCCUCCGGCGAGUAUCAAUUUUUUCCGGCGGUUGCCGAGCUUGUCCGAUCGGCUGAUGUAGUGAAGAGACGAGGAAAUGGAACAGAGACUUAAGCUAAAUUCCCAAAUAAGACAGGGUUUUGGAAGCAGCCGCCAUGGUUUUUUAAUCACUAUUUGUUGCUAUUUUUAAUUGUUUUUUAUUAAUAUAAUUGUUUUUUUAGAAAUGAAAAAACAAUUAAAUGAGAUUGAGGCCGACUAUCCAAGCUUUUUUGAAAAGAGAGUUGGGGUACUUGUCAGAGGCUUUUUUGACAAAUUAUGAAA